AGACCUCCCGCCGACAGGGGAGACUAGUAGACCUCGCACCGGCUGAGAAGGGGCUUGUGAUCCACUUCAUUGAAGAUGGCGCCGAAGCGCCCGGUGCGGGAGAUAGAGUCGGUGGAAACGUCAGCUGAAUCCAGCCAUGGGGAAGAAGAUGAUGCCCCCGAUGAGGUGGCGUUCAGUAGCGCUCGGGAAAAGGCCGAGAGGAACGUGAAAGCGGCGCUAGAGAGUGUGCGGAGGGACAAAGUCUUGCUGAAGGAAAAAAGAAGAAGAAAAAUGGAACUGUUCAGACAGCAAAAGAAACACAAGAUGCUUCCAGAUGCUAUUCUUCAACAGAUUGCUUCAAUUCCAGAAAAGAAAGGACAGAUAUCUGACACCACUAAAAGAGGUCAUGUUGGUGCUCCUGUCCAGAAACCUGACCAAGAUAGUGGAUUGGAGGAAGACGCUGAAGAAUGCAUAGAUGUCAGGUGGCGAGCACGGUGCAAGGCUGUUCAACUAAAGGAUCAUGGUCGAAAGGUCAGCCAGGUUAACAAAGCUAAAGCUUUCAUUAAGAAUCAACUCUACGGCCCUAACAGUGGAAGAGCCAGUGUCAAUGAAUACUUCUCAUUUGAAAAUAAGAGAAUGCAGAAGGCUGCGAUGCAAUUUGUUGACCCAAAAUGGCAAUCAAGUGAAAAACAAAAAGCUGACAAGUUCCGAAAAUCAUGGAUGCAGAAGCAUGGUCCACUUCGAAGAUGAGAUUGAAGUUUCUGGGAGAACAAGUCCACAAUGGUACCUACAGAACUGAAAUGGGAGAUUGGAGU